GGAUAAGUAGCACCGGUUAUCUGCAUCUGUCGUCACUUUCUGCAGUAAAUGACUUUUACCUCAUUCGGGAAUUUGCGUCCGCUCCACCAACCGAUUGAAGUGAAAUGCGCGUGCUGCACCUCGUGCUGGGCAUUGUGGUCGCCUUGCUUUCUAUCAACCAUGGUGUCACAAUCGCUACCAAGACUGUGUUGCCGUCGAAUUCAGACGACUACCCGGCACUCAGAGGCACCAUUGCAAGUGACGACGUAGAUUUUGAAGAAAGAAAAGGUGGAGUGGGAGGAGGUGGUGGUGGACGUGGAGGAGGUGGUGGAGGUCGCGGAGGAGGAGGAGGUGGUCGCGGAGGAGGAGGAGGUGGACGCGGAACCAGUUCGAUUGCAAGAGGAAGAGCGUAUCGGACAGGACAUGGAGGAGGUGGAGAUGAUGCUAUCCCUUUGCCGCCCGGUACUUACGUGGGUCCGGAAUUCGGUGGUCCCCAUGGUGAAGAUUUCACAGACGCCACCAUGGUUAAGUCUGGGCAAAAGGUGUUAUCCAUCAACCUCCGCGCAUCCGAGCGCGUCGAUGCUGUCAUCCUCACCAUCGUGAGUCCGUCGGGGGAAGAGAGUACCUUAUACCACGGCGGUGAUGGUGGUGAGCUGAAAAAGCCCCUAGCGUUAGCUGAAGGUGAAUAUAUCACUGUCAUGGAGGCACACGCGGGUAAACAAAAAGGACACACGCGCGUCAAGUACAUCAAGUUCACCACCAAUAAGGGGAAUUUUAUUGAAGGCGGAACACGGACGGACAAGAUUGGAACGGACACUGCGAAGGAAGGCUACCAGUUGGGUGGUUUCGAUGGCAGAGAAGGUGACGAGGUUGAUCUGAUCAGUGCCAUUUGGACAAGCAUUCAGCCUGUGGCUUAGUCAUAAAGCGCACCAGUGUCUGCAGGGAACUUGGAUUUGGAGCGCUUGUAGUAAAGUUCGUUAAUCAAGGCGGUACGGCGUCUCCUAGAUUAACAUUACAGGUUUUAUAUUGAGAAGGAGUGUGGUUUGCCUCGCCUUUUUUCUUUUUCGAACUGCCCGAGUCGGGUGAAAGUCGUUAGUGCAUAACAUUUUGCAGCGUGCAAGCUUAAAUGCCC